ACAAGGAUCACGAGACACUUCGGGACGAAGCGAGGGAGCUCAUGAAGAGCAUUGGAGAUAAGAACCGAGAAGUGGACCCGACUCGCAAGCUCAGUAUCGUGGUCGAAUUCGUGGCUGGUAAAAUUACCGAAACUAUUGAAAGGAUGAUCGCCCUGUAUCGCCCCGACAGCUUGAUUGUAGGGACAAGGGGAGAGAAGACAUUCUUCCAACAGGUUGGACAAGCCAUUGGACCUGGAAUUGGCAGCGUUUCUAGGUAUUUACCUCUCUCGACAUGGAGCAACCCUUCUUGA